AUGUCAAUCGUGUUUGAGGAAAAAUUAAAUCUAAAUGAUGAUUCAAAAGGCACUAUGGAUAUUAGUAAAGACCACUUAACAAAAUACACACUGCUUCUGUUAUAUGAAUACGAAAAAUGUCACCUUAAACUAGGAAGAAGUAUAAAAGAUUUAUAA